AUGGGGGGGCCCCUCUCCGCCUGGGGGCCCCCCUGGCAGUACCCUUUCGGGGCCCGGGGGGCCCCCGGGGCUCCGAGGGCCCCCGGGGCCCAGGGGGCCCCUGGGGGCCCCAAGAAGGGGCCCCUUGCUUUUACGGGUUGCACGAGGCCUACCGAGAGGGUCUUCAGACCCUGGGGCCCCUUCAAGGGGCCCCAGGGCCCGAAGGGGGGCCCCCAGCCUCCCCCGGAGGGGCCCCUGGGGGCCCCUGGGGGGCCCCCCGGCCUGCUGGCCCUCUGGGGGCCCCGGGGGCCCCGCUUUCUGGCUAGUGCUGCUGUGGGUACCCUGAAGGCUGGGGGGCCCCCAGGGGGGCCCCUGAGUGCUGCGAAGGUAGUGGGGGCCCCCCUUCUUGCGUUGGGUUUGAGCCGGGGGCGGCAGCUGCUGCAGCAGCUGCUGCAGCAGGUGCAGCAGCUGCUGCUGCUGCAGCUGCAGCAGCUGCUGCGGGGCCCAGGAGAAGCAGCAAACCCGCAACUCAGCAGGGGGGGCCCCCCGGGGGCCCCCGGGGGCCCCCUGAAUGCCGGGGGACCCCCCAAGUUCUGCUUCAGCAGCCUGGGGGCCCGGGUGUGCACUGGGGUGCCUCUUGCUGCUGCUGCUGCUGCUGCUGUGCUGCUGGCGCCGCUGCCGCUGCUGCUGCUGCUGACUUUUGCGCAGUCUCUUUUAAGCCUCAAAGAGUACUUGUCUCUCUGCAGCAAAGCCAGUCUUGCUGCUUCCUUUCCUGCUGCUGCUGCUGCUGCUGCUGCUUCCAGCGCCCUCGUCAUGGCUGCUGCAGCCACGGGAGACGGAGACACCCACUUGCUCGCGGAGGGCGUGUGCGUGAGUUUGCUGCUGCUGGUGUCGCUGCUGUCUCCGCCGCCCCGCCGCAGCAUCGCAGAUGUGGGGGCCCUCAUUUUGGGGCACAUUUGGCUGUCCUUUUUGCCUUCCUUUUGGGUGCGCCUGGGGGCCCUCAGCAGCAGCAGCAGCA